GCUCGACAGCCAAGUUUCAAGAAGCUAAUUACAGAAACUCCCUUCGCAGUUGUUAGAGGCAAGGGGGCACUGCAAAACGAUGGCAUCGUUUUCUCAUGAUAAUUCCAUUACGUGCAAGUGUUCAUCGGCGCUCGGGGUCUCCUAUAUAAGUGAGAAGAUUGCUCACUUCCCCACUUCGGCAGUGGAGAACCUACAACAAUGCACUUCCUGCAGUUGCUCGCCGGCUUGCUGGUGCUUCACCAGAUCAGUGCCUCAGCAUUGAGGCUGACUGGGAUGAAGACAUCGGCCCAAAUGAAGGGCGCCCCAGCUGACAUGAAAAUGAAGGCUGAUAUGAAAAUGAAGUCUGAUGUUGACAUGAAAAUGAAGUCUGACGCCGAUAUGAAGAUGAAAAUGAAGAGUGCACCUGCCGACAUGAAAAUGAAGAUGAAGAGUGCCCCAGCUGACAUGAAAAUGAAGGCCGAUGCCGAUAUGAAGAUGAAAAUGAAGAGUGCCCCAGCUGACAUGAAAAUGAAAAUGAAGAGUGCCCCAGCUGACAUGAAAAUGAAGUCCGACGCUGACAUGAAAAUGAAGGCCGAUGCCGAUAUGAAGAUGAAAAUGAAGAGUGUCCCAGCUGACAUGAAAAUGAAAAUGAAGAGUGCCCCAGCUGACAUGAAAAUGAAGUCCGACGCUGACAUGAAAAUGAAGGCCGAUGCCGAUAUGAAGAUGAAAAUGAAGAGUGUCCCAGCUGACAUGAAAAUGAAGAUGAAGAGUGCCCCAGCUGACAUAAAAAUGAAGUCCGACGCUGACAUGAAAAUGAAGGCCGAUGUCGAUAUGAAGAUGAAAAUGAAGAGUGUCCCAGCUGAGAUGAAAAUGAAGAUGAAGAGUGCUCCAGCUGACAUGAAAAUGAAGAUGAAGAGUGCCCCAGCUGACAUAACAAUGAAGGCCGAUGCCGAUAUGAAGAUGAAAAUGAAAAGUGCACCUGCCGACAUGAAAAUGAAAAUGAAGAGUGCUCCAGCUGACAUGAAAAUGAAGGCCGACGCCGAUAUGAAGAUGAGGUCCGAUGCUGAUAUGAAGAUGAAGAUGAAAAUGAAAGAAUCACCAGCUGAGAUGAAAAUGUAUGGCGCAGGAGCUGCAUAAACGAUUGGAAUUUGGAAUGCAACCAGACUUAUAAACGGAUACCUAGUUGAUUUCGGUUUUGUAACUGCUUUUGGGUGCUCGGUCUUUGGUAAUGGAUAG